AUGGUCGCCCCGGCUAAACGUGCCCAAGACGCGAAGCCGAGCAUCUGGGUCGAGUUCACGACGCUGGCCGCCGAGACGAAAGCGGUCAACCUUGGGCAAGGAUUUCCGGAUUUCGCCCCGCCCGCAUUCGUGCCGAAACUGCUCGAGAACAUUGCGCAGCAUCCGGAGCGGGUCGAUUGGCAUCAAUAUACCCGAGGAUAUGGACAUCCAAGGCUCGUCAACAUACUCGCCAAGCUUUACGGAGACCACUUUGCGAGAAAAAUUGAUGCCAACACUGAUGUCAUGGUGACGGUCGGAGCUUAUCUAUCGUUGUACUAUACCUUUGCCGGUUGGAUCGAUCACGGAGACGAGGUUCUGAUUAUCGAGCCCGCCUACGAUUGCUACACCCCUCAAACGAUCAUGGCCGGUGGCAAGCCGAUCUCGAUCCCAAUGGAGCUGCCGAAGGAUGCAACGUCGGCUGGCGAGUACAAGCUCGACGUGAAGAAGCUGUACGACGCCUGGACACCAAAAACUAAAAUGCUCGUGUUGAACAACCCGAAUAACCCGACCGGAAAGCUUUUCAGCCGGGCCGAACUUUUGGAGGUGGCCAAAUUCGUUGAGGAGAAGGACUUGAUUGUGGUCGCCGACGAGGUUUACGAAUGGCAUGUCUAUGGCGGAAAUGAAAUGGUCCGUUUUGCCAGCCUUCCCGGAAUGUACGAUCGCACAAUUACCGUCGGUAGCGCUGGAAAGGCUUUCUCCGUUACUGGCUGGAAGCUUGGCUGGGCGGUCGGGCCUAAAAAUCUGCUCGAGCCGUUGAAGACAAUUCACCAAAAUUGCGUCUUCACCUGCCCAACCCCGAUCCAAGAAGCCGUGGCCCAAGGAUUCGAAAAAGAGUACGAAUUGCUGAAGACGGACCCGGCCAGCAGCUACCUGAAGACGGGCCUCGCCUCCGAGCUAGAGGCCAAGCGGGAUCAGCUCGCCAACUCGCUGAGAAAUGCGGGAUUUAGGCCGAUUAUGCCCCAGGCUGGAUAUUUUAUGAUGGCCGACUACACAGCCGUUGAUGGAGACUACAAAAAUUUGGCCGAGUCCAGCCAAGAGCCGAUGGAUUUCCACUUUGUCCGCUGGUUGUGCAAGGAAAAGAAGCUGGCCACGAUCCCACCCUCGGCUUUCUACUCGCCGGAGCACAAGCAUGCUAACGCGAACCUCAUCCGCACUUGUUUCUUCAAGAAGGACGAGACGCUGAAGGCGGCUGACAAGAUUCUCGCUGAUUUGAAGAAA